GUGAGGGAACUUUGGUCUCGCGGCGAGCUGCCUCCUCCUGGCGAGGACGUCCACGGGCGGUGUGGCGACUCGAGGUAUGGACCAAACCUCUACCAAGUUAACGAGCAUUACGUGAAGCCCGUCACGAGUGCCGCCGGAGGCAUGAGCUACGCCUUGAUGAAACACCCGGAGGGCCUUCUUUGCCAGGUCUUCAUUUCCCACGCCUGGGCAGAGGGCAUCUUCGAGCUCGAUGACCUCGUACGCCGGGGCUGGCCGCGGCUUCAGUUCCUUUACAGCUUGUACUGCUGUCUGCUGGCAAACCCGCAGAAUCUCGAUCUUUCGGUGUUGCUCAAUGUGCCGCCGAUGGAGAGCCCCUUCGCCAAGGCCAUGCAAGCUGCUUCCCAUGUGCUUGUCAUCCCGAACCACAGUGUCGGGAUCUACACGCGUUUGUGGUGCGUCUACGAGGCCUACCUAGGUGCAUGCUGGAAGAAAACUUGCAUCAUGCCGGCUCGGCCGCACACCUCCACUCAGUGCGGCACCAUCAGACGAACUCUGUUGGCUCCAAUGGCAGCUGGAGUUCUGUCAGGCAUGUUUUGGUGGUUGAUAUUGCCCCAGACUGAGAUCCGAGAUGAUAACUUCUUCUUGGUGGCCUCAGCAAUGCUUCUAUGCGCGACUGGAACUGCUAUUUGCUUCGUGGUGUCUAUCCUGCUGAAGUUUUGCAGGUGGUCAUGGCAGACCCACUUUAAGUUCGUGCGUAUCGGGCAUAUGCUGCUGCUGUUCCUCUGCGCGCUCUCAUUCCUUCCUUGGGUAAGCUUCAAGCCAGUCUUGCCAUCUGCUUUCUAUUAUUUCCAGCACUACUUCUUUCCCAUCGUCCUGAUCCUUGUCAACUUGCUCCGCAUCGUGCAGCUGAACCAGCAUGAGCUGGAGCUAAAGGAGCUCUCCCGUCAAGCAAGCCACCUGGAAUGUGAUACUGUCGCCGAUGCGACGUGCUCGGACCCUUCUGACGAGCAGAGGAUUCGCGCUGCCAUCUUGGGAUGCGAGGACGAGAUAGAUGUGACGAUACGAGUUCUUAUGCGGGCCGGCGCUUACAACGAUUGGCUUCGAUGGGCAUACGAAGCUGGGGUGGACAUUCGAGGUUUCGGGACCUCCGACCUCAUUGUAAAGACGGGCCUCGCUUUCACACUGUGGGCCCUGGCGGCACUGCAUUCGCUGGGCUUUCGCAGCUGUGCGGUCCGAUGCGCAGAUGCUGACAGCGUCUGGACAGAUGUUUCCAUCGGGGUUUGUGCUCUGGUUGCACUCGCUCUUCCCAUAACGGCCUUCGUAUUGGAGCGCUACGGGCCAGAGCGCGCCGUUUUUUCUGUCAGAGUUUGGACGGUUUCUGCCAUGGUGGCUCUUGGUGUGCCUGUCUUCGUGGGCAUUGGGGAUCACUACUUGUCUCUCAUCACGGGGUUGCGGCAGGCCGCGCCACUGACGGAACAAUGCCCAGAGCCCCUGCUGAGGAUCAUGAUCACCUGGUUCCGUCCAGCGCUGGCUCUACUCGGCACUGGACUUGCUGUGCUGGGUCCUGGAAAGGUUUUCCGCGCGCAGCUCGCAGUGGCCGGGUUGUGCGACUACGGCCCGCCUAGCAACGACGGUUCUGAAACGGAGGCAUCGGACUCCAGCGGCUCCGGGCUGUCAGGUUCACGGAAUCCAAACAACUGA